AUGUGGAAAUUCUCCACUGAGCGACCUGUGCUCUGUCUUCUGCAGAUCAUCUUCUACGAGGACAGGAACUUCCAGGGCCGCUCCUUUGAGACCAGCAGCGACUGCCCGGAGCUCACCUCCUACCUGAGCAGGUGCAACUCCUGCAGGGUGGAGAGCGGCCUCUUCGUGGUCUAUGAGAAGUCCAACUUCACCGGCCUGCAGGUGCUGGUGAGGAGGGGCGAGUACCCGGACAACCAGCGGCUGAUGGGCAUGAGCACGAGCGACUGCGUCCGGUCCUGUCGCAUGAUCCCGGUGCACCGCGGCCCAUUCCGCUUGAGGAUCUACGAGCGCGAGAACUUCGGAGGCCAGAUGCAGGAGCUGAUGGAGGACUGCGAGUCCCUGCAGGAGCGCUACAGCAUGUCCGACUGCCAGUCCUGCAACGUGAUGGAGGGCCACUGGCUGAUGUUUGAGCAGCCCAACUUCAGAGGCAGGAUGGUGUACCUGAGGCCCGGGGAGUACCGGAGCCUCAGGGACAUGUCCACCAGCAGGUUCAGCUCCGUCAGACGCAUCCUGGACGUCUGCUAG